AUGGAAGAGGUGGAACAAGGGCAAGGGCCAGAACAUGAGCAAGAGUUGAAUGCAAAGGUGUUGUACGACGUGUUGGGUCGUUUGUCCACCCAUGGGCACUUUGCUAUAGGAUAUGGCGUUGUUAGGGCAGCUGAUGUUAGAACAGCUGCGAAGGAGAAUAAUGUGAGUCAAUCAAAUCCAGUUUCAAUGAAAGUGUUGGCCCAACAAAAUGCAGAACUACGACGAGAAAAUGCAAGGCUACAUAAAGAGAAGGAUAGUGCGAUAAGGCAAAGUUGCUAUAGAUCUGACAAUGGACUGGGACAGGAAAUUCCAGAGGCAUCCUCACAACUUGCAGCAGCAGCAGCAGCAGCAGCGCAAGCAAUUGCCACUGGUUGUUCUCAUGUUGGCUCGGAAUUGACCAAUGAUGACAAUGCCACAUAUGGCCACGAUGAAGACAAUCUCAAUGCCGUAUACAGAGCUGCAUUGGAAACACUGAACCGAAACCAUACAUGA